GUAAAGUGGCUUUUUUGAAUGUAAAAACUCACGCCUGUUUCAUUUAUUUCUGCCGAUUGCUUUUACUAUUCAAUGUUAUUAUAUCCAAUUCUCUUGCUGAAUCUUCAGCACAAUUUUCAUCCUGUUCUUCCUUCCAGAUUAUUUCAUAAAUUGCUCUUCACACUCCCUUACCAUACAACACACAUUAAGACAAGCUGCAGAACUACUGUCAAAAGCAUUGAAUUCUUAUGGCUAAUGAUGUUUUGUCUUUGAGGUUGGAGUUACUCAGUGCCAAGUCCAGACUGGUUAACUAUUUGCAGAAUCAUCAUAAUUUCCGGCCAGUUCAGAGAGAGUUUCUAGAGUUAGUGUCCGAAUUCGAAAUAUUAAAACUAAAGGCUCAAGAUAUAUAUGGGAUAUCAAGAGAAAAGGUUAUACCUCAAUUGAAGUCCGUUCAUUUUGAUCUAAAUGAGGGAGACAAUCGAGUAUCCUCAGUGUCUAAUAUACACCAAAAUGCAGUAUCACAACUCCAGGAACUUUUGGAUAUGCAUGACAAUUGUUCCUAUCUCCUAGAAUUGCACCAGGCCAUAAAUAGCUUCGAGUCUUCAGUCAAUCAACUGUUAUACCAAUGUUCACGUCGUUCGGUCGUUGAUAAGAAAAAGAAAUGGGAAGACACAGUUGUAAAAUCUCCCAAAGACUCAGAGAUUGAUUUAGAAUCCGAUGAUAAAUGUGUGGAAAUAGAUGAAGAAACCUAUCGUUUAUGUGUUGAUACUGUGGUAACAUCACUUGAAGAAUCUGAACAUCUACUUGCGAAACAUAAAAAGUUUAGUAAAGAUGUAGUACUUGUCUUUCAAAGUUGUCAACAAACAUUUACACGUUGCAAGAAUCGUCUUACUCAACAUGUUGAUGAUCUUUGGCGUCGAUGGAUCAUCCUAGAAGUUCCUUCAAAACAUCAGAAUGUAUCUUCAAAGUUCAAUGUUAAUAAUAUAUAUCCUUCUAUUCGUGGACAACUUCAGCCGAAUGAUUUUUUCAGUUUUUUAUUCGAUGCUUGUAUACCAUCACCUACUGACAUGUGUAAAUCUUUAAGACAGCCGAGUUAUACAUCCAAUUCCGUUUUUUAUGAAGUUUCUGAUCAUGAUGUGCCGACUACUCAAUCAUACGGGGAAUCAACUGUUUUAGCUAGUCUCAAAAUAUUGGCUAAACCUGAAUUGAUCUCUCAGUUGUUACGUAUUAUUGAUGCUUUAAAAGAGUCUAAGAGUCGUAUACUUGAAUUGGCUAAUCAAAUUUGGAUGUAUAUAUUUAAACCUUGGCUUAAAAAGGUACCAUGUGUGUCGGGAUCAAAUGUCGGCUGGGGGAAAUUAAAGUGUCAAAUAAUUGAACAAUCUGUAAACAUCGAAUCAGAUCAUGAAUUAUUUAUCAAAGAAAUCGGCCUAGAAACAACCGAUAAUAAUGAUGUUAAUAUGACUCAAUAUUUACGUUUAACAUUAAUUGCUCCAAAUACUCCUCCUUCUAAUACUACUACUACUACAAAUCCUAAUGAAAAUAAUCAUAAUCAUGAUGACGACGAGGAUGAUGAUGAUGAUGAUGAUGAUGAUUUAAUCUCUAGUUCAUGCAAUCAAUUAACUAAAGUAUUUCAGGAGUUGUAUACUUAUCUAUUUGGUUUACAAGCAAUUCAAUCAGACAAUAAACGUUUUAUUGAUAUAAUUGUAAAUAAUAAUAUUGAUAGUGAUUCAGGAAUGUUCAAUAAUGAAUUAGUUAAAGAUUUAAUUGAUGGACGUUUUAAUGCUGGUUUACCAUCAGCUGAAAAAUUACAUAAAUCAGAGAUAAUUGCAAUAUUAACACAAGUUGUUCUACGAUUAAUUAGUGUUGGUCGAAAUACUGGAUUUUUAAUAGAUGAUAUUAAUCACCUUCAUGAUGAUGAUGAUCAUGAUCAUGAUAAGAUUGAUUCAUUUAAAGUAUCAGCUAUUGGCGGUGCAACAAAAUUAAAUCUUUGGAUUGAUAGUCUUUCUAUAUUAAAACAUAAACGAUCAGCUAAUGCAAUAUUAGAAGAAUUACGUGAAUUAUUAGCUGAUCGUAAAUUAUUUUAUUCAAUGUGUUCAACUAAUAGUUUAGUAAAAGUAUGUGAAAAAAACGCUACAAUUACAACAACUAAUUUCACUACAAAACAUAAUAAUAAUAAUAAUACUGAUGAAGGUAUUUAUGAAGAGGAUGACUUAAUAUUGGACGAUUUUAUCGAGAAUGAUACCAUUGAAUUGGAAUAUUCAGAUAAAACUAAUAAAAAUGAUCAAAUUUUAUCGAAACUAUUAAAAUCCAAAAGUAAUUUGGAUAAUAUUUCACGGCAUUUAGAUCUAGGACAAUUUGAUUUUCCUGAUUGUAUGGUUUCUGAAACUGUAGAUCUUGUUAUGAAACAAAUUUAUAAAAUACUUCAUGAUUGUGAAUCAUAUCUUGAACCAAUUAUAAAUGAAGUUAGUCAAUCAUUGAAUGAUACUCCAAGUACAUUGAAUUCAAAAAAAUUUAAUACUAUUGCAUUUGUUGAAUUUAUUAUCAAAUUAAUUCCUCGACUUAUAAUGUUAUUCACAUCACUUGUACCGACUUUACAUGCCGAUGUCUUUCAAGGAGAUUUACGUUUUGCUGUUCUCUACUACAAUGAUUGUAUGUAUUUAGCUCAUGAAUGUUUAACAUUAGGUGAACGUGGUCUUUAUAAAUUUGUUCAACAGUUUUUAGACUUAGGCUAUGAUAUCAUGACUAAUACAUUGAACAAUACUACUGUUACAUCAAACGAAUCAAAUACAUUCAAUAAUUUGAAUAUAUUAGAAAGAUCAGCUUCUUUAAGCACAUGUAUUUUGGUACCACAUUUACGUCAAUCUGGUGUUAAUAAUUUAUUAGAUCAUUUAAGACGUGAACGACAAGUUUUAUUACGAUAUGUUGAAAAGAUUCAAGGAUUUCAUAAUGUCAGUUCCUCGAUUGGUAAUCGUCAUUGUACUACAGCUAUAGAAGAUUGUUGUCAUCAUUUGCAUAAAAUUUCAGAAGCACUCAGUCCACUUCCUCGUACAGUUUAUUUUCGUGCUAUGGGGAUCAUGUGUAAUUGUGUUUGUACGGAAUUAGUAAAAACUAUCUUGAAAUUAAUCGAUAUUACGAAAUCAGAUUGUGAUAACAUUUUGAUCUUGUUGGAGUCUAUCAAAAACACUAUCGUGGAAUUUUUCAAACCUUCUGAAGUUGUACAUCAGCCAGCUGCAAAAGAAUCAAUAACUAAAUCACAGCAUGUUGGGCUCAGGAAUUUUCAAGACGAAGGAACUGAGAUGUGCAUGAAAACAGAUUUCUGGAAAUUAUCAAUAAUAGCCUAUGUUUUUGGUGAAGUUUUGUUCUCUGAACUGCAUGGUUCGGUUGUGAAGCUUUCAUCAUUCUUCUGAACGACAUCGUCAGCACAAACCUCACUUCUACUUGAAGUUUGUGCUGAUGAUAUUUUAUAUUUUCUUGUUGAUAUUCAAGAUAUAAUAUCAUUCAAGUAAUUUAGAUAAAUUGGAAUCUAGAGUUUUACAUUAAUAGACAAUUUAUCAGUCUUCAGUGUAAUAUUGUGGAGAUUGUUGAAUCUCAUUGAAAUCACCAAUCGUUACAAGUUAGAUCACCAUUACAAACCUCGAAGCACUGAACAGUCGUGUCAUUCUAGUAUGUGACUCCUCAACAGUACGCAUCCGUGACCUGUGGAGCUAAAACAUGUUGAAAGUGAAGCAGUUACCUAAUGAAUACAAUGAUGAUGGUCGUGCAAUGUCGUGGAUUGAUUGAAAUUGAACUUGUACACUAUUGGAUUUCAACUCAGAGGUCAAGAGAUGCUAAGCAUUAACGCACGAAAUCGAAGGUUCCAAUUUCGAUUCUUACUUGAAAGAUCGUAAAUGUGUACUUCUGAGGAGUCCGAUACCAACAAAACACCCAUUCAGUACUUUCAAGUUUACAAUGAUUGUUUGACUUUAAUCACUACAUAACUUCAAUGAAACUGUCCAACCAAUCAAAAUUCAUUGUUAUAGUCAUCAAAUUUACUAGAUAAAAUGAAAUCAUUUAUUCGGUUUUUUGUAUGAUGUAAUCUGUUACCUUGCCUUGUAUUUACAUAUCAAACGUCCUAAGUGUAUUUUAUCGACUUUUUGUUAAAUAUAUCCUGUAGCCUUGGCCUGUAUCUAGUAACCAAGACAUGAUUGGUUGAUUAAGAAUGUCUAUUCAUUUUCCAAGUGGUAACAAAGAC